AUCACUUUAACUUUUCUUGUCGUAACUUUGCCACUAUGAUUUGUGUAUCAUGUACUUUAUUUUCUUUCAUGUUUAAUAAUUUUUUGCGUGCAAAUUAAAAAAAGCGUCGAGCUUACAGUCAACUCUCCACGCUUCAACAAACCAUCUAAUAUUUUACACGUCCCCUGUUUUGUUGGACUUAAAACUGCUAGCAUUUAAACAGGGUCUUUUAUGUAUUUGUUAUUUAUUUAGGAAAUAUGUAAAGCAAGUGGCUAAGCACCAAAAAUUACGCAUUUCUGGGAAUAAUUUCUUUUUACAUAACACAUCCACGUCUGAUUUGUCUGAACAAAAAAUACCGUAAAAUUCUGAAAAUAAGCCCCUCCAAAUAUAAGCCCCCCAAACCGGUAACGUAAAAAACCCUCUAUUAAAUCGCCUCCUCCAAAUAUAACUCCCCUGGGGGCUUGAAAUUGGAAAAUUGCCCUCAAAUACAAAGUAUAAUAAAGCAAAAACAGUAAAUUUUCUUCCAACUAUAUCGAUUUUGAAAUGCAAAUUUCCCUCCAUAGAUAAGCCCCUCGAAAAGGGCCUUUUAAAAAUUAUAAGUCCUGGGGCUUAUUUUCGGAAUUUUACGGUAACUGUACUUCAUUGAAAUUUAGCCGGAAAAUCUUGAGUAGUAGAUGGAGAAGUCUCCGAUCUCUGACGCUUAAUGAAACCCCUGUCAUAGCAAGGUAAAAUAGAGGUAACACAAAAAAAUAUUAUUAGGAUGGUGUGAUGUUCAUUCCCAAUAUCAACUGUUGUCCCCAUAGCAAAGCUCCCAUGUGCACAGCAGAGCAUUAUGGGUAAUAAAAUUUGGUUAUCUAUCCUCCCAUGAAAUUUUGGUUGUGAUUAAAAUGUUCUUAUGUCCACCGCGACACAUAAAUCAGAUGGGAACACCAAGUGUUAAAUUUGAAAGACACAAAUUAUUGGAAUGAGUUUUUGACAACUGGAGACACGUAUUUCAAAACUGGAAAUUGUUGAUUUUUUAAUAUAAUAUUUUCUUUGUCAGAUUAAUUUAGGGUUGAAAACCAUUUAAUAAUAUUAAGAAUUUUAUUCUGCCUGAUAGAUAUACAGGUUUAGAAUCAAGUGAUGUAGAGAUGAGCACUCAGGAAGGUAACCAUUUGAAACUGUUGAUGGACAAGUUACAUGAGAAGAAUAGGGAAAUCAGGAAGUUGAUUACAGACAAUGAAGUAAAUGAAGCAGAUGAAAGCGGCAGUAGCAGUGGAAGUGGUGGCCAAGGUAACUACCUUUACUCUGUGUAAGCAAAACUGUAAAUGUCAUCUUUAAAUGCCAUUAUUUUGCCAANAAAGACACAAAUUAUUGGAAUGAGUUUUUGACAACUGGAGACACGUAUUUCAAAACUGGAAAUUGUUGAUUUUUUAAUAUAAUAUUUUCUUUGUCAGAUUAAUUUAGGGUUGAAAACCAUUUAAUAAUAUUAAGAAUUUUAUUCUGCCUGAUAGAUAUACAGGUUUAGAAUCAAGUGAUGUAGAGAUGAGCACUCAGGAAGGUAACCAUUUGAAACUGUUGAUGGACAAGUUACAUGAGAAGAAUAGGGAAAUCAGGAAGUUGAUUACAGACAAUGAAGUAAAUGAAGCAGAUGAAAGCGGCAGUAGCAGUGGAAGUGGUGGCCAAGGUAACUACCUUUACUCUGUGUAAGCAAAACUGUAAAUGUCAUCUUUAAAUGCCAUUAUUUUGCCAAGAUCAAAAUUCCAAAUUCUAUAUUCUUCAUAAUUCUUAAAAAACAAAAAGUACUAUCCCUAAGCAGUGUGGAAGACAUUUCAUUUUUCCCUAAUUGAAUCGUCUAUAAUCAUGAUUCAUAAGUUGUAAUAAACAACUUUCUUUCUACCUCUCCAUAGAAAAUGGAAGUGCUGAUUGUGUUGAGGAUGAUGAAGAUUGUGGUAGUGGAGGCGGAUGGAGUGGAAAUAAAAUCAACAAUGAAAUCACUGAAGAAGAUUCAAGUGAGUAAUUAGUAGAUUCUGCUAGCAGAUAAUCUGUCAGCUGACAUUAAAGUCUUUAUUACUAUAAUGUCUUUCAGCAAAAGACUCAGAUGUCUACCUAGUCAAUGGCACCAAAGAACCAAGCAAUGAGGUUGACGAUACACAGGGUGGUGGUGUUCCCAAUGCUUCACAAUCUGGGAAUGUACUAGCUCAAGGGAACGUGUCGUCACACUUAGCCAGCUGCCUGUUUAAUAUACUAGCUCUGCUUUUAUUUUUGUUGCUCAUCAGAAAUUGGUAG